AUGAAUGAAAAGGUUAGUCAAUUGCCUCCUGAUACUGAAGAUCCUAUUGGAAAAAAUGAUGUAUUUGCACAAGUAGUUGGGCAAGACAAGCAUGGGCAUGUACGGAUGUAUGGUUUUGGUAUAUGUCCAACUGAUGUGUGGGGUGAUGAACCUAGUCGAAGUGGAUCUCAGCGACUAGUGUUGGAUCAAAAACAUGAAAUGUUAGAGAUGAAGGCAAAAUUUGCUCAGCAAGAGGAACAAAUUAAAGAUCAAGCAAGAGAACUUGCUAAUCUGAAAGCUUAUUUAGAGCAACAAAAUGGUCAUAACUUGCUGAAUCAAUCAAGAAUCACUUCAACAUCAUCUAAUCAUAUCUCAACCUCAAGUUCCAGUCUUAGACCUCUUAAAGAGGGAGACUGGAUUUCUCUUUUUAGCUUAUAUGAGCCAACAAAAGUUGUGGCAAUUGGACGGCUUCAAUCCCUUGAUCCUUCUACAAUAGUUGGGGGCCAACCACUAGGUUCGAAUUGGUGUGAAGUACUAGUUCAAGUUGUGGUUGAACGUGAUGAGCAUUUGAUUAGGCCUUAUGUGCCUUUGCAGACAAUUGCUGAUUCAAUUGGUGCUCGGCCAACAAAACUAGUAAAAAUUUGCGAAGAUUGA